CGUUUUUGGUAUUGUCCGUACAGUUUUUCUUCCCCGUUUCUAUCUAAGUCUCUGCAGCAGACUGUACAUGAGCGCUUCUCAGUGCUGCACCUACCGUUAGCAGUAAGCCCAAAACCAGAAAGCACCAAUACCGAACCAACAAAAACAUGCCCGAACUACCUGCCCCCGCCGUCGAUCCGCACUUCCUAGCCGCCCCGGGUGCAGCAGCCAACGUUGCUGAGGAUGAAAAGGCUAAACUGCCGCCGAUGAAGCGGCAAAAGCGAGAGAAGACGCCGGCAGCGGAAGCCGCAAAGGCGGAAAAGAAGCGGUUGCAGGACGAGGAAAAGGUGCGGAAGAAGCAGGAGAAAGAAGCGGAGAAAGUGGCGAGGAAUCAGGCGAUCGCGGACGAGAAAAUGGUAUACUGGAAUGAAAAUUGGUGAAAACGCAAAAAGCGCGGUGUGAUGGUUUUCGAAAUGGCACCACUUUCUCUGCCCCUUGCUGGUCUUUCUGAUUCUGUGCCGCGCGACGCGACAAUGCUUGUAGUUACAUGCAUAGCAAAAAAAUCCAACAGGAAAAGGCGCGGCUGAAGAAGUUUGACAAGGAGCUGGGGGACAAGAUCAAGGACUAUGUGCAGGGGCGGUCGACCCAACUGGAGUAUUCCAUGGACGACGCGGAAUUCAACUACAUGUUCUCGCAGUUCCUGCCCACCUGCCAGUACGAGAAAAAAAUCACCACGGAGAAAACCUUCGGCGACGGGCGCGUGGAGCGUACGGUCGAGACCGUGGAGAAGGCCCUGUACCUGUCGGCCCACCAGGUGUCCGCUAUCUUCGGCUGCAGCAAAGUCCGGGGUGGCACCUACGGCCGGUUCCACGGGGCGACCACCUGGAACAUCACCUCCAUGGUGGUCAAGCGACUUUCGCCGAACCGCGUGCGCAUCACCUGGAAGCUGAGUGGGGCGGCAGAUUUUUAAGAAGUGUACGCAGGCGUGUUGAAUAAGGCUCUCUGGCUGAAAAUUGACCUGAUAGUUGCGUCCAUCUAGACGUUGUUGUGAAUCACAAGUAGUGCUGCAAAGUUGAUUCGAAACGCCUUGAUGCGAAGGAGAAAAGGUCUAGAUAGAACGUAAGUCCUUUGGCGCAGGAGGAUAUUCUGAUAUUCUGAUUUUGCUUUGACUUAUUAUCAUCCGUGAGCUCUAGUAGCAUAGCUAUAGCCGAGCUGGAGCUUGUAUUUGUAAGUGGCAGCUUCUGUAAAGUUUUGCAGGUGGUCAAUUAUGAUUCCUAGAAUGUGAAUGCACACGCCGAAUUCUGUGGCAGACUCUCAAAUGAACUGCAACCAAAAUUGUCCUGCGCUGGUUCUGCUGGAGCAAGAGCCCUACAAGGACGAAAGGAGGAUCUGACUCAAGUGCAAGCAAUGUGAAAAAAUGUAAGCGUGCGCAUUAAUCUCACGAUGGUAAUCAACUAAAACCAGAAAGAUGGUCGUUGUUAGUCAGUGCGCGAUUAUGAAAUGAUCCCACUUCACGACAAUGCUGCUCAACCGCUUGGGCCGCGAAUCGUGUGUCGCUGUUUACAAUUUUGGUAGAAAGUACAUGCCGGGAAGAUGGCUUCGGGACUUUGAUGCAGCGGGCUUG